AUGGACGCAUACCAGCCACCGGGUCCGUACAUGAGGCCGCCGCCUGGAGCACUGCCUCCGGCGGAUCCUUACCACCAAUACUAUCAGCAUCAGGUGAGACCCCCGGGACCUUCUCCAACGCAACCCGGCGGUCCUGCUGCAUGGUACUCCAACCAAUUUCAUAACCCUCACUCUCCAUCGCCACCUCCUCCACCUCAGCAGCAGUGGGGGCCACCUCCGCCGCAUCAUCCUCAAGGCGAACCUUACUCUUCUCCCGCUUAUCCUCCUUUCCCGACGCAAUCUCACCAGCCGCCGUUCAACGCCGGCGCCAACGGUAACAGUCAGUUUCCCCCACCUGCUGGACCGCAGCCACCUCCGCCACAUCCUCUGGCUAAUCAGGAAUGGGGAAAUCCAAAUUGGGGGCAUCAACAAGCUCAUAGCAACGCCGACGACUGGGCAGUGAAAGCAAGAGAAUGGGCAGCUGCUAACGAGGAUCCACACUCGCAAUUUCCUCCGAAUCAAACUUUUGGACAAGCCUUCCCGCAGUACUUUAAUCAAGAUGUUCAUCAACAACAAGCGGCUCCAGGAUUAAGCUAUCAGCAAUUCCCUGUUCAACACACACAGCCGGACAGCUAUCCAAAUCCAGCAAUUCAUCAGCAGGAGGUACCUUAUAGUUAUUCUUCUGUAGCAGGGAAAGAAGAAUCUGGCAAUGCAACACAACACCAUGAGGUGCAGAUAUCAGUGCCUGAUGGUGGAGGACCUGUUCACGCAGAGCAGCAAAUGCAAUAUGGAUAUGGAGAUCAAAUAGCCGCUCCACCUAGUGAUCACAGUGCAUGGCCGCCCCAUGCCGCAACUGGAGUAGUUUAUCCUCCGAUCCCUCCUUCAUCAGUACCGUCAAUGCCGCAGCAUGACUCAUCUAUGGCUGUUUCGGGUCAUACCAUGCCUCCAUUUGGAAGGUUUCCCCCACCAAAUGUCCAGCCUGUUGGAUAUGCUUUUGGGACAAAGCCGCCUCCUCACCCUGUUGCAGCGUUCAUGGACGACUCAUAUGCAGCAUCAUCUGUUCCUCCUAAAAAGGCUCCUGUACCUAACUGGCUUAAGGAGGAAUUGUUGAAGAAGAAAGCAUCUCUUGGAAGGCCUUCUUCAGGGAGUUUUGAGGAGAGAGAGUCUUUGGACGAUGAUGUACUUUAUAAACCUCCUGCAGAAGUUGAUCAGCACGACGACAAAAGAUUCAGCCUCUCUAAAUUAUCUGACGAAGAAGAAGAAGAAGAAGAGGAGGACGAGGAUGAGAUAGAUCCAGCUAGAGCCGCAGCAAUUAACUCGGAGAUAAAACGUGUCUUGACUGAAGUUCUUAAGAAGGUUACUGAUGAAUUAUUUGAUGAAAUUGCAACCAAAGUCAUAAAUGAAGAUGAAGCAAUACCUAAAGAUGACAGUGUCAAGUCAUCAUCCCUUAUCUCGGCAGCUGAUCCAAUGCACAAGGCUUCAGCAAAGAUUUUGGUCUCGGUAGAAGGCGCACAUCAAAAAGCUGGCUCUGGUUCUCCAGCAGAUGUGCUAGGUCUUGGUAGCUAUGCCUCUGAUGAUGAUGAUGAUGAUGAUGGUGAUACUGAUGCUGCACCUAACGCUGAUGCCAAUGGCAGUGAUGGAGUUGAAAGUCUUGGCAUUGGGUUGAGAAACGAUGUUAAUCAGCAGCCAAGCACUGAGAAACUUCCGGAACCUAAAGCAGUGGUCAAUGCGAGAGUGGAUCCAGAAGUUGAAGUCGGUGAUAAGUCCCCCGAGAACAAUAAGGCAAGCUUGGAUCAGAUGUUGAGCUAUAGAAGAAAUGAUGAUGAGGCAGGUAGUAACAAAAAUUUAGAUAUAAGCUCCAGCACCGGACUCGAUGAUGGUACCUCAGGAAGCAGAACAAACCAUCCUGAGAGAACCGAUAGUGAGAAAGAUUCAAUACUACAUGAGCAUCACAGGAAGGAUAGCAACAAACGUAAUGGGAAAGACUUGAGUGGCGAUGUGAGUAGGGAUAGAAGUAGAACAGAUGAAACGAGAACUGUAAAAGAGAAGGUGGAUUCUCAGAAUGGAUCAGAAGAUAGAAUGAAGCAGAGCGACAUAAAGUCAGGAGAGAAAGUUAAAGGUUUGGAAUCAAAUAAAAAAUCUACUGAUGUCCAUGUGAAGAAGGACUCAAGGGAUACAGAGAAGCCUCAGAGAACAGAUUCAAAAGAAGACCGGAGUCCAGAAGGAAACACUCUUCUCCAUCAAGUGAUGAGUCCUCUGAUGAUUCAAGAAGGAAGUCUUCUUCAAGAAGAAGGAACCGGUCACCAUCUCCGGGAAGGUCCAGAAGAAGACAUGUUACUUCGCGGUCACCACAUAGCAAGCAUUCUCAACGCAAGCAUUCUCUACACUCUUCUCAUGACACCUCCAGGUCAAAGCGGUCAAGAUCCAGAUCCCCCCGCAGACGCCAUCGGACUUGAACUCCGGCAACUGGUCAGAGACGGUUCCCAGGAGGACAGGACACUGCAAUGCUGUGCAGAGCUUUGUCCAAAGAUCAAGAGAAGUUUUAUCUCUGUGAAGUCAAAUGUCAAACAGCGACUCAGAGACAGUGAAGGUUGUGAUGGAUCUGGUGUUAAAGACGACGAAAAGCGUUCACAUGUCUUCUUCUUCCUCCAUACUCAUUUCCCUUCCCUCCGCCGGCUUUCCGCUUCAUCAUCAACUUCUGGAGUUUCGGGACUUCGAGCUGGGCUAUUGACUGUUUGGCUAUCUGGAUUUCUCCUAAUCGCUCUCUCCUUCUACGGAACUCAGCUUCUCUCUUCUUCUUCUCUCGAUGACCGAUUCAGAUUCUCUUCAUUCUCCCGAGAUCCUGUUUCUCCCAAAAUCACCAUUUUCACUGCUCUCAGUGUCUCAUCCUUCGAAGAAGAUCAUAGCCAAGCUUUACUGGUUAUUCGCUCAUGGCUCGCUUUGUCUUCUCAAAUCAAAGUUGUCAUAUUCACUCAACACAACUCCUCUUCUUCUUCUGCUGCUUCUUCCUUCGCCGACAAAUUUGGCUCCCGUCUUCUUCUCGAUUCCACCAUCGAUUUCACGUUUCUGGGGACUCCAUUUUUACACUCGAUGCUGGAGAAAAGCAAAGCUUACAAAUCCGAUAUAGCUGUUCUCAUGGAUCCAGAGACUCUUCUUCUUCCAGAUUUCAUCUCAUCUCUAACUUACGCUCACUCACUUGAUCGCGAUUGGCUUCUCGUUUCUUCACCAUCAGUGUAUAUUCCUCGUUUCCCUCUCCACUGGGACGAAACAGGACGUUUCUGGCGACAGAACAAUGGCAAAAGAGUGAGAUUUGGUGAGUUGCAGAAGAUGAAAUCAAACUCUAGUGAAGCCAAAAUGAUUAUGGCAUGGAACAAAAACGUUGAUUUGCCUUUGCAAUGUGGAGUCUUUCCACCGUUUUUGUAUCAAAGAGGGACGCACAAUCAAUGGAUCGUUAACGAGGCUAUGUCAUGUCAAAGAAGGUUUGUUUUUGACGCCACUUCCACCAUCUCAAGCUUUUUCCUAAGGAGUCAUGAUUAUGUCUCACAACUCAAAUCAAGAAACUGGGAAUAUCUUGGAAACGCCCAUCUCGGGAAGCUUUACGGUUCACUGUUCUUCAGUGACAACAAAUCUCCUUCUCUUCCAAAGCUAUUGAAGUGCAACAAGCGGUUUAUGUUCGUCACCGCUUCAGAUCUUUCGGUACCUGAAAGCUACAAUGUAGGCUUUAGGAGGCGAGAGAAGAUCUCAGCUUGUAUCAGCAGGAGUAAAUCUCGAAGCUUGAAGCUAGAGUCUGUGCAGAAAGAUCAGACACUGCCACUAUUAAAGUUUCCUUUUCACUUGGAGUCUCUUCUUCCAUUAGUUGCAGACAAGAACAGAACCGUCAUUCUUUCAAUCGCUGGGUUUAGCUAUAAGGACAUGCUGAUGAGUUGGGUCUGCAAAUUACGCCGCCUCGAAGUUCCAAAUUUCUUAGUCUGUGCACUUGAUGACGAAACUUACCAGUUUUCUAUAUUACAGGGUUUGCCAGUUUUCUUUGAUCCAUACGCACCGAAGAACAUUAGCUUCAAUGACUGCCACUUUGGAUCAAAGUGUUUCCAGAGAGUGACCAAAGUUAAGUCAAGAACAGUCUUGAAGAUAUUGAAGCUAGGCUAUAACGUUCUCUUGAGCGAUGUUGAUGUGUAUUGGUUUAAAAACCCAUUGCCUAUGCUUCAUUCGUUUGGUCCUUCUGUUCUUGCAGCACAAUCCGAUGAAUACAACACAACAGUACCGAUAAACCGACCAAGGCGCUUAAACUCAGGGUUCUACUUUGCACGUUCUGAUAACUCGACGAUAGCAGCAAUGGAGAAAGUGGUGAAGCAUGCUGCUACUUCCGGUUUAUCGGAGCAGCCUAGCUUCUACGACACGUUAUGUGGAGAAGGCGGGAUUCAUCGGUUGGGAGACGAUAGAUGUGUUGAGCCAGAGACGAAUCUGACUGUUUGUUUCUUGGACAGAAACUUGUUCCCAAACGGAGCUUAUGGAGAUUUGUGGUUGAAGGAAGAUGUGAGAGCAGAGUGUGAGAAGAAGCAUUGCUAUGUUCUACACAAUAACUGGAUCAGUGGGAGAUUGAAGAAACUCCAACGGCAGAUGAUGAAAGAGUAUAAGAUCACUAGGAACCAUAUCAAGUCGUUGUUGGCGGAGCUUUUCCUUGGAGCAACUGACACCUCCUCAACAGCAACACAGUGGACAAUGGCAGAGAUCAUCAACAACCGUAAGGUUCUUGAGAGACUGAGAGAAGAAAUUGAUUCCGUGAUAGGGAAGACAAGGUUGAUUCAAGAAACAGAUCUACCAAACCUCCCUUACUUGCAAGCAAUAGUCAAAGAAGGGCUAAGACUACACCCGCCUACACCUCUCAUAGUAAGGGAGUUAGAUGAAGGGUGUGAUAUUGGAGGGUUCUAUGCACCAAAGAACACCACACUUGUUGUUAAUGCUUACGCUAUGAUGAGAGAUUCUGGUUCUUGGGAAGAUCCUGACGAGUUUAAGCCGGAGAGGUUUCUUGCUUCUUUAACAAGGGAAGAUGAGGAGAUAAAGGAGAAAACCCUUAACUACCUUCCGUUCGGGAGUGGAAGGAGAGGAUGCACAGGAGAAAAUCUUGGUUCUAUCUUUGUAGGAACUGCGAUAGGAGUGAUGGUUCAGUGCUUUGAUUGGGAAGUGAAUGGAGACAAGGUUAACAUGGAAGAGGCUGCUGGAAGAUUCUUCUUGACCAUGGCUCAUCCACUUAUAUGCACUCCUCUUCCUCGGACCCUAAACCCUUCACCUUCCAAUCUGGAGCGUCUCAGUUCUUGA